UUAAGACAGUUUAUUCCGGUAGAAGGACAAGGACCAAGGUCCGAAUAGAGACAGAUAGCCAGAGAACAACUACCUGAGACGGACAUUAAGAAGACAGUAGUUUGAUCUCAAGGUUUUGUAUUUAUUUAUAAUUUUUGCUGAACAUCUUCAUAGGAUAAUUAUGGCAUCACUGAUCUACCUGACUGUACUGACAACAGCCGUCAUCACACAGGUGACUGCUAGCUGCCCUGCAGUGUGUGACUGCCCUGCAGAGCCUCUGGUUUGCCCUCCCGGGGUAAGCGCUGUGCCAGAUGGAUGUGGGUGCUGCAAGGUGUGUGCCGCACAGCUCAACCAGGACUGCAGCCCCAUAAGGCCUUGUGACCAUCACAAAGGGCUGGAGUGUAAUUACGGCAAUGAUGUUGCCAUGGACUGGGGCAUCUGUCGAGCUAAAUCUGAGGGACGGUCAUGCGAGUACAACAGCAGGAUCUACCAGAACGGCGAGGGUUUCCGUGCCGGCUGUAAACACCAGUGUACCUGCAUCGAUGGCGCCGUUGGCUGCGCUCCUCUCUGCAACAACAAACUGCCACCGGCUUCACCAUCCUGCCCCUACCCACGGCUGGUCAGGAUUCCCGGGCAGUGCUGCUUCAGUGUGGACUGCCUCAAGGGCACCUGGCGCCUGCCACCUAAGCAUCAGGUGCCUCCACCACAACACCACCUGCCCAGACCUGAUCAGGCUCUGGCCAACGAGCUCACAGAUGUGAAGUCCAGCGGUUGGCAGAGUGAACAUGGCUACAAACACCUGCCUGUGUGGAACCAUCUGAAGGAAAAGAACUGUCCAGUGCAGACCACAGACUGGUCCCAGUGCUCUCGCAGCUGCGGGAUGGGCGUCUCGUCCCGAAUCACCAACAAGAACCCUGAGUGUAAGCUGGAGCGAGAGACGAGGAUCUGCACCGUACGGCCGUGCCAGGGCCUGAGCGUCCCAGCCAAGAAAGGGAAGAAGUGCUCCCCAACCCAGAAAGCCCCCGAGCCUGUCCGGCUGUCCUAUGGAGAAUGUGUGAGUGUCCGACUGUACCGACCCAACUACUGUGGUACAUGCACGAACGGAAGGUGCUGCUCGCCACGCCACACGCGCACUGUACCUGUGACCUUUGUCUGCCCGGACGGGGAGCGUUUCCAGAGGUCGGCCAUGUUCAUCCAGUCAUGUAAAUGCAGCGAUGACUGUAGCCACCUCAACGAAGUGGCCCUUCCUCCACAGCACUGGAUGUACGGAGACACACACAAGUUCAUAGACUAGUACUGAGGAGGAUUUUUGUUUUAUUUGAAUGUGAUCAGGUCGACCUUCUUGAUAAAGGAAGACACUUCAAUACGAGGGGUCAUUUUUCUCAUCUGGCUCCAAGUGAGUGAAGACCACAGGCUCCAACCUGACGACAGAGACUGCAGGCGGGAAGAGCCGCCCCGGUUUAAUUCACAAGCCUGAAGGCAACCUUUAAUGUAAUGUGUGUGACCAGAGUGGAUUGUACACUUACCCACUCCAGUUGAAACAGACGAGGGACCUAAACUAGAGCCCUGAAGCGCCCCUCGACUUCCUCCCCUCUGGACCGAUUGCUGGUUCAGGUGUUGGGGAUAUUUUAUUAAGACCCUCAGAUCAGCCUGAGAAGUGAAACACUACCAGAGCAACAGCGCACUUUGUUUAGCACUGAAACUUACUGAACUAUAACGUUUGACAGCAGGGGUAAAAGGAUCCCUUCACCUGCAUCGAUAACCUCAAAUACUGAGAUGGUAAUGUCUUCAUAUCCCAAGACGCGUUGCUCGUUACAAGCAGCAAAAGAAUAACUUCUGCAGUUUUUCCUGUAGAAAACUCUUGAGUAUAAUGCAAAAGGUGGACUAAGCAUAUUAUGAACAUUAAGACAGACUGCAUCAACUGUGCUGUUUUUGACAUGCUGGCAUAUUAAGCCAUCUAGAACUUUAUUUACAUACAGCAAGAAAUGACGCUGUUUCCUCGUGACACUGACUCAUCAAAGAUAAGAAACAUUAUCUGGAACUGAAACAAAUGUCAGCUGGGACUGGAACAAUGCCAACACUUUUCCUAGACAUUGGAUUUCUUGUUUGUGCAUUAAAUGCAGCUCAUGAAAAUUACUUUUUUUUAAUUAUUGCAUUUUGGAUCUCGACUCUGUUGAUGCAUUUUCUUUAUUUUGUUUGAAGGUUUUAUAAGGGUCAUUAAGACACCAGUGUAGCUGUCACAAGUUUUUGUUGGCCCAUCCAUCGGAUAAAAAUGGCUGCUGGA